AUUUGUCAACCUCAUCAACGCUAGAGUCGCGUUUUAUUAUGUACAUACCAGAUGUUCAGCUGACUAAACCAAAACAAACGGAAAAUAUCAAUAAUUAAAUAAUAAUGGAUAAUAAUUUGGAAACAGAUACGACAACAGUGUCAUCAACUAGUCAAAAAUUAUUGACAUACAAUGAAAUAGCAAAAAAAUUAUUAAAUGAAAAAUUAUUAUUAACAGCAUUAGAAUUACAUGCUGAAUUAUGUGAAUCAGGUAAAGAAUUACCAAUAUUACGUGAUUAUUUUACAAACACAUCAAAUUUUGAAAUUCAAAAUAUAAAACCAGAACCAUUACCAAGAUCAUCAUCACAAGUAACAUUAGAUUCAUUAGAUAUGACAAGAUAUUCCGAAGAUGGUGGUACUGAUGAACGUGUCGCAAUAUUAGAAUUUGAAUUACGUAAAGCACGUGAUAAUAUAACAGCAUUACGUGAAAAUUUAACCGUUGUUGCUGAAACUGAAAAUGUCAUAACAAAUGAUAAAAUAAUUGAAAGAAAUAUUAAUGCUGAUAUUCCAAUUAAACCACAUGAACAAAGAUCAAUCAAUUUUUUAGUGUAUGAAUACUUACUAUCAAAUUUAUAUAAAUUAACGUCAAUAACAUUCAGUGAUGAAAAUGAAAACCAGGAUUUUGAACAUUGGGAUGAUGUUGGAUUAAAUAUUCCAAAGCCACCAGAUUUACUACAGAUUUAUCGUGAAUUUUUACGAGGAAAUGGUUAUGAAAAACCAAUAUCUCAUGAAAUUUGUGUACAAACUGAUUUUAAUGAUAAUUUAUCAUCUGAAAGUGAAAAUAUUUCUCAAAAAAAUAUAACUGAUGAACUGGAAAUUUUAAAAAAUCAAGUAUUAUCAUUGGAAAAAAUUAAUUUAGAUUUAGAAAAUCGUUUAAGUCUUGUAACAUCAACAACACCAACGAUAAAAACAAAAGAAAAACGUCAAUCAAAUGAUACUGCUAAUCAAAACUUGAGUUCAAAUUCCACAACACCAGAUAAAUUUGAAAUACUUGAAUCACCAACACGUGGAUCAUCAGAAAUCGAGUGUACUGAAAAUAAUGAAGAAGAAGAAGAAGAUAGUAGUAUAUCAGCUGUUGUUAGCCUUGGUGAUACUGAUCCAGGUGAUAAUAAUUGGACAAAAUUACAAUUACCACGUAUGGAUGUUACAAUUGAUACUCCAACAUUAACAAAUUCUCCAUCAAGAAUAUUACCAUUUAAAUUAAAACGUGAAAUAUUAUCUCAUUGUUUAACAAUAACACCAAAAAUUAAUAAUUUAAAUGAAUCAUUAAUUGACACUGUUACGUUAUCAUUACAAAAAAUAAUUCCCAAUAUUAUACCAAAUAAAAGAGAUGAAUCAAUACCACUUAUAUUAAAUACAAUAUGUAAAAAUAAUAAUUCAAUUGAACGUGAAAAAUUAUUACAAUUAUUAUUUAAUUUAAAAAAAAAACCACAAGACAAUGAUAGAAGAUUAUUAUUAAGUGGACUUAUUGGUAUUGUUAAAAUUGAUAAUACGCCACCAUAUCUAGAUGAAAUAUUAACAGUUGCAUGGGAACAAAGUCAACAUAAAUAUCCAGAAAGACGUUUACUUGCUGCUGAAUGUUGUGCUAAUUUAGCACCAUAUGCAACAAGUAGUGUAAGAAAUUCAUUGAUGUUAUCAAUGUUACAACAAAUGCUUGUUGAUGAUAAAGAAUCAAUUGUUAAAUCAUCUGUUGUUAAAAGUUUAUCAUUAUUAUUUGCAUUAAUGGAUGAUGCAGAAAAAUAUUAUCAAUGUGAAGAACUUGCAUUAACAGCAUUAGAUGAUAAUAGUAAUGAAGUAUUUGAACCAACAUCAAAAAUAUUAUUUCCAAUAUUAGCACAAUGGGCAUUAUCAUUAAAUAAAUUUAUAACAAAUUUAUUACCAAGAUUAUUAAAAAAAUUGAAAAUACAAUUAUUACCAAAUCAACAAACACCAAAUAAAAAUUAUCAUCGUGAUACUGAUAAAUUUUAUUUAACAAUAAAUGUAUUACAAAUAUUAUUACCACAUACAAUUGUUUGUAUUGUUAAUAAUGAUAUUGUCAAAUCAUCAAUCAAUGAUACUACAUCAUCUGAUAUACCACGUUGUAUAUUAUCAUUGUGUCAUUCAUCAAUGUCAAAUCCAAAUAUAUUUUUUAAUGAUAAUGAAAAUAUUGGAAUAUUAAUAAAUACAUUUUUAAAUAUUUCAUGGAAUAAUAAUGAAUGGAAUGAGUAUAAAUGGUUAAGUGAUAAAUUUAUUCCUGAAAUAAUUGAUAUGAUAAAAUUAAUUGAUAUACAUCAAGAUAAUGUAUUAAAUUUAUUAAUUAAUUAUAUACAAUGUUUAUGUAUUGGUUUUGGUAAAAUUUUUACAAAUGAAAAAAUUAAAAAACUAUUUGAAAUUGAAAUAAAAGAACUUGAAGAUCAAUUGAUGGAUUUAUCAUCUGAUAUUGUGAUAAAAAAUUUAACAUUAAUACCAGCAUAUUUAACAAUAUUAUCAACUAUUGAUAUAUCAGAAAUGUCAAAAAUACUUAAACAUUUUAUAAUAAUAUUAUCAAUGAGUAAUUAUGAUUCAACAUGUUUAAUUUUAACAGUUAAAAUACUUGUUAAAAAUAUACAAAUUGUUGAUAAUUUAUUGACAACACUGUGGGAUUGUGUUGUACAUCAAAGACCAAUUGUCCGUACAACAUCAGCAAAAUUAUUUUCUGUAUUAAUUAAAAUUGUUAAUGAAAGAUUAGUUACAUCAAGAAUAGCACCAGCAAUUGUAACCCUAGCAAGUGAUUCUGAUUUAAUGGUUAAAUCAGAAGCAAUUAUUGCACUUGGUAAAUUAAUAACAGAAGCUAAAUUAAUAAGAGAAGCUAAAGAUAAAGGUAGAUUAACACUUGAAACAAUUGUUAAAGAACCACAAGGUAUACCAUCAGUAUUGUUAAUACCAAUUGUAACAACAUUAGCACAUAUUGCACCAAAUUGUCCUCAACAUUUUGUAGAAGAUAUCAUUGCAACACAAUUAACUGUUAUAACAUCUACAGCACUACAACAAAAUCGUAGAGUUGAUCUUGCUGGUGUAUUGCUUGAUGCAUAUUCAAUAUUAGUUUAUUGUUCAUUAAGUGAUAAAUGUGUAUUUGAUAUUUUAUUGCCUGGUUUGAGAUAUUUAGAUAAUCUUAUUGAACAAUUAAUACCACAAAAAAAAGAUAUUGUUAGAUCUUUAAUUAGAGAAGCCGAAUCAAGACAAAAUCAUACAAAAACUAUUGAAAGAUCAUCUUCAACAAGCUCAGGAUUAUCUUUAUCGCUUGCAACUGCAAAUGUUGGACAAGGUGUUGAAGAUAUGCGACAAAGAAUGUCAAAAAUAUUCACACAAAAACCCAGUUCACCCAGUCUACCAAGUAUUUUUAGAAAAAAAUAAUAUUUUUGAAUACGAAAAAAAAAGAAAGAAAAGAAUUAUAUAUUUUGAGAAUUUUGAAUGGUGCCUUAGAUCUUAUUAGAAUAUUUAGUUUAUAAAAAAAAACAAACAUUAUUUUUUUGUUAUAUUAUUCGUACUUGUUAGUGUAUUUUAUACAACAACAAACCAAGAUCUUAUUUUUUCGUGAAAGACAUUUUUUAUCGAGAUCAAGCUGUAAAAAUAUUUUUAUUUUAUCUACAUUUUACUGUUAAAUAAAUAUAUAUACAUACAUAUUGUUUUUAUAUAUUAUACUAAAUAAACGGUUUCUUUGAAUACGUUAAAAUGUGUAUUUUGAUGUUAUUUUUUAUAUAUUCAUAAAUAAAAACCUAAUCAUCAACGUUUCUUUAACAA